AUGGGUUCCAGAAGAUACGAUUCCAGGACAACAAUCUUUUCCCCUGAGGGACGUCUUUACCAAGUUGAAUAUGCACUAGAGUCCAUUUCACAUGCCGGUACUGCAAUUGGUAUUAUGGCAUCUGACGGAAUUGUUCUUGCUGCAGAACGUAAAGUAACAAGUACUUUGCUAGAGCAAGACACCUCCACAGAAAAAUUAUAUAAGUUGAAUGAUAAAAUUGCUGUUGCUGUUGCAGGGCUAACUGCAGAUGCUGAAAUUCUGAUAAAUACAGCCAGGGUUCACGCCCAAAAUUACCUAAAAACAUACAAUGAGGACAUACCUGUCGAAAUCUUAGUGAGAAGGUUAAGUGAUAUAAAACAGGGUUACACGCAACAUGGCGGUUUAAGACCUUUUGGUGUAUCGUUCAUCUACGCUGGCCAUGAUGAUAGAUACGGCUACCAACUGUAUACUUCUAACCCAUCGGGCAAUUACACCGGUUGGAAAGCUAUUAGUGUUGGUGCUAACACUUCAGCAGCACAGACACUGCUUCAAAUGGAUUAUAAGGAGGAUAUGAAAGUUGAUGGUGCCAUUGACCUGGCUUUGAAAACCUUAUCCAAGACUACCGACAGUAGCGCAUUGACUUACGACAGGCUGGAGUUUGCCACUAUUAGAAAGGGCCCCAAUGAUGGAGAAGUGUAUCAGAAGAUUUUCAAGCCUCAAGAAAUAAAGGAUUUAUUGGUGAAAACUGGCAUCUCCAAGAAGGACGAGGAUGAUGAAGCAGAUCAAGAAAUGAAAUAA